AUGACCGGCAAAACAACCUCCGUCAGACGACCAUCUGCAGAUAUGGGCGGAGGGAAGGCCUCGGAAACCGGGGACGAUGCUACUUCGCCAUCUAAGGACAUCGGCUACAACAGCCCCGUGCAGGCGAGGACCAAAGCUCUUGAGAAGCUCACAUCGGGGAACUCAGGCCCUUCCGGUACAACCACGAGAUCAGCGACCACAACUACCGCCCGUUCCACGACAAAUGCUGCCGCUGCCAACAAGGAAAUCGAGGAUCUUAAGGCCAAAUUAAAGGUUCUCGAGCGAAAGAGACUAGAAGAUAGAGAGAAGUUGAAGCAGUUGGAGCAAGUUCAAGGCGAGAGGGACAGAUUCGAGUCCAUCAUUCAAAAACUACAGGCGAAGUACCAGCCGCAGCAGAACGAGAACAACGAGCUAAGGAAACAGCUAAAGGAGGCGGAGGCCAGAUUUGAGUCGAUCGAGACCAUCCAGAUGGAACACGAGACGGCUCUGGAGUUGGCGACUCUGGAUCGAGAGAUGGCCGAGGAGACGGCCGAGGUCCUCAAGGUUGAGCUCGAGGCUCUGAAGCAGAAGUCAGAAGAGCUAGAGCUCGAGGUGGAAAUUCUUCGAGAGGAAAAUGAGGAGUUCGGAAAGGGUAUGACGACGGAAGAGCGAUCAAGCAGCAGUUGGUUGCAGAUGGAGCGGACAAACGAGCGACUUCGUGAGGCUCUUCUGCGACUACGUGACUUGACGCAGCAACAAGAAGAGGAACUCCGCGACCAGAUUAAGACUUUGGAGGUUGAGCUUCAGGACUAUGACGUUGUUCAAGAGCAGUUUGAUGCAGCCAAGGAGAAGCUUGCACAGUCUGAGGGGGCUGUUGAGGAUCUGCGGCAGCAGCUGGAUAAUGCACUGGGCGCCGAGGAUAUGAUCGAGGAUCUCACCGAACGUAACAUGAGCAUGUCCGAGCAGAUUGACGAGCUCAAGGCUGUCAUCGAGGAUCUCGAAAACUUGAAGGAGGUAAACGACGAACUUGAAAUCAACCAUGUCCAGAACGAAAAGGAGAUGCAGGAGGACCUCGACUUCAAGGACAGUGUCAUCGCGGAGCAGGCCCGGCGAGCAGGCGAGCAGGAGGAGGCCUUGGAAGACAUGGAGUAUACUCUGUCUCGCUUCAGGGGCUUGGUCACCAGCCUUCAGAGCGAUCUCGAAGACAUGCGGGCAUCUCAUGCCGUCACUGAAACGGAAUCCGAACAGCUCAACAGCAAGUCCCGCGCUAUGAUGGAUCUGAACAUGAAGUUGCAGAUCUCUGCCUCCAAGGCUCAGGUCAAGACGAUCGAUCUCGAGCUUCGCAGGCUAGAGGCCCAAGAAGCCGAGCAGCACCUCGAGAUUGUCAAGCUCUUCCUGCCCGACACUUACAAGGAAGAUCAAGACUCUGUGCUUGCCCUUCUCAGAUUCAAGCGCUUGGCUUUCAAGGCGGAGCUUCUGCAAGGAUUCAUCAAGGAGCGCGUCAACGGCCAGCCUCACCCCGGCCACGAGGACGAUAUCUUUGCUGCCUGUGACGCCAUUGACAAGCUCACUUGGGUCGCGUCCAUGUGCGAGCGCUUCACUAACGCCAUCAGCCACUGCUCGAUCGAGCAGUUCCAGCGCUACCAGAACGCGUUGUUCGAGCUUGAACCCGUUGAGCGUGCGCUGAACGGAUGGAUCGAUGGUUUGCGUCGCGAUGAGCUGAAGGAGAAGAAGUGCGCGGACGAACUUCAACGUACCAUUGCACUCAUGUCUCAUCUGGCGGAGGUCCACCUCACGAACGAAUUGCCCGACUUCGCCGAGGACACGUAUAUGCAGACUGUUGUCAUGCAAAGCCAUCUGGACUCUGCGGCCACUACUUUUGCUACGAUGCGGAGCAUGGUCCAAAGGGUCGUGCCCGCCGAGUCUGACGAGGACGAGAUGGCAGAGCACUUCAGCAAGAAGUCUGAAUUGGUCGUUACCCAGACCCGCAGCGCCAAGGUCAUCGCCGGUAAGGCCGUCAGGGCCCUUCAAGACCUCAAGGCCAGAUCCCUGGCGCUGCCACAAGAAACCAAGGAGUCCUUCGAGCAAUGCCUGGAUGCCACCCGCCAGCUUGCUGCCUUGGCGCGUGAGAUCGGUUUGGAUCUCCAUCUUCUUCUGCAUGAGGAGGGCCGGGCCGAGGCGCACACGUAUCAAGAGAUUCAAGACACCAUUGCGAAGGCCACCGUCAAGGUUGCCUCAUCAAGCGAGUCUGACCUCUUCUCUACCUACCUGGCCAAACUUCGCAGUCUCACGAGCCAGAUCUCGGACCUGGCUGCACUCAGCUCGGACUUGUCCCAGACUCAAGAGUUUGACGUCAGUCCCGCGCCAUGGAAGCUCCGUUCCCAGGAGCUCAAGGCCAUCAAGACGAUUCCGGUUGACGCUGAGGAGGAACUGCGCCGCCUUAAGGAGGAGCACAAUGAAGCCCGCAGGGCCAUUGCACAGCGCGAGGAGACCCUCAGCACCGCCAACCUCAAGAUCGAGACUCUCGAAUCGCGCAUGAAGGAUGCUAACGCCAAGGCUUCGCGCAUCGAAAAUCUCGAGGCUGAGAUUGAGGCCGCCAAGCAGAGAGCUGCCAGCCUUGUUGAGGACAUCGACAAGCAGGACCGCGAGCUCAAGACAUUGGAGACGGACCGCGACAAGUGGAAGAAGAUCGCUGGCGACAGCAAGGCCUUUGCCGACGGCGCCGGUGCCGCGGGCGCCAAGGCAGGACAAGAGCGUGCCGUCGCCACCGCCCGCGAGAUGGACGCCCUCAAGAGCGACAUCGCCAGUCUACAAGCCGCGGUACGCUACCUGCGGGAGGACAACCGUCGCGCCCGUACAACUGAACAGCACAACUACGACUGGCUCGCGGAGCCUCUCACAAAGUCGGCAUCCGUCGUCGAGCAGCGUCGCGCGCUCGUCGUGGCGGAGGGCAAGGACGUGCUCAGCGAGCUAGUCAAGUUCACGACUUCAGCCAGGGUGUACGACCUCGGUGCCCUCCCCGAAGACAAGUUGGCAUGGAAGCCGGCGCGCAGUACGCCGCAGUACCACGCGGCCAAGCAGAAGGAGGACCUCGCGGCGUGGAAGAGCUGGCGGGACUCGGUGUUCAAGAAGUCGGAGGUCGUCCUCGGCCGCAAGGAUGGCGCCGCGGAGAAGAAGAAGCAGAUGAUGAGGAACGUGGCGGCGAGGCUGCAGAUUCGCCUACCGGACGCGGACGGCAAGAUGGUGCCGGGCGGCGGCCGGGAUGUGCAGAUUGUGGGAUCUCGCGAGUGGGAGGGAUUGCAGGGCCGCCUUGCGGCUGUAUGA